CGCCCGCCCCGGGCCCCCGCCCCGCGCCGCCCGGUGCCGCCCCCGGUGCCGCCCCGCCCGAGCCGCCAUGCCGCUGCCGGUGCUCUUGCUGCGGGCGGCGGGCGCUUGGACCCGGCUGCGACCGCCCUCCGUCGCGGGGCGCAGUUUCAGGUAUGGGGGGCGCCUGGGGCUGGCCGUGCCCCCCCGGCUGCCCCCAGCCCUCCCGGCCCCCCGGCGCCUGCUCCUGGCGGGCUCGGCCACGGGCUGCGUGCUGCUGGGGCUGCUGCGCACGGCUGCGCGCUGCCAGGAGGCCACUGUCCCCGCCGGACCCCCUGCUGCUCCCGAGCCGCCAGAGACCCCCCCGGAGACCCCCUUUGACUGGCCACUGUUCUGGACCUUCCUGCGCCCUCAGCUCCUGGCGCUCUCAGCUGCUGUUGUGCUGGCGCUGGGCGCGGCCCUGCUCAACGUGCGCAUCCCGGUGCUGCUGGGCCAGCUGGUGGACGUGGUGGCCCGAUGUGCCCGCGGCCACGUUGCCACCUACCUGCGGGAGGUGCGGCGCCCGGCCCUGCGCCUCCUCGCCGUCUACUGCCUGCAGGGCCUGCUGACCUUCGGGUACAUCGCGCUGCUGGCCCGCGUCGGCGAGCGGGUGGCCGGCAACAUGCGCAAGGCUCUCUUCAGCGCCCUGCUCAGGCAGGAGGUGGCCUUCUUUGAUGCCACACGCACGGGGCAGCUGGUGACACGGCUGACGGCCGACAUCCAGGAGUUCAAGUCUUCCUUCAAGCUGGCCAUCUCCCAGGGCCUGCGCAGCGGCACCCAGACCGCCGGCUGCUUCGUGUCGCUGUACCUGCUGUCGCCCAAGCUCACGGCGCUGCUGCUCGUGGCGCUGCCGGCGCUGGUGGCCGCCGGCGCCUUCAUCGGCGCCUUCCUCCGCAGCCUGUCCCGCCAGGCACAGGAGCAGGUGGCCAAGGCCACCGUGGUGGCCGACGAGGCGCUGGGCAACGUGCGGACGGUGCGCGCCUUUGCCAUGGAGGAGCAGCAGGCAGGGCUGUUCCGUGCCGAGGUGGACCGUGCCGGAUGUCUGAGCGAGCGGCUGGGCCUCGGCAUCGCCGCCUUCCAGGGGCUCUCCAACCUGGCGCUCAACGGCAUCGUCCUGGGAACCAUCUUCGUGGGUGGCUCCCUGAUGGCUGGAGACGAGCUCUCGCCUGGUGACCUCAUGUCCUUCCUGGUGGCCUCGCAGACAGUGCAAAGGUCCUUGGCCAGCAUCUCCAUCCUGAUGGGCCAGGUGGUGCGGGGUCUGAGUGCUGGCGCCCGUGUCUUCGAGCUGCUGAGACUGGAGCCCCUCGUGCCACUGCAGGGGGGGGCCACCAUCCCUGCCCACUCCCUGCUUGGACACAUCUGCUUUGACCACGUCUCCUUCAGCUAUCCCACCCGGCCUGGCUACCCUGUCCUGCAGGACUUCAGCCUCACCCUGCCCCCCUGCCAGACCGUGGCCAUCGUGGGCCCCUCAGGAGGAGGUACCAGUACCCCCCACCCUCUCCCUGGGUGCAGGUACCAGUACCCCCCAGCCUCUCCCUGGGCGCAUCCUCCUGCGCCCCAGUCCUCUGCCCAGUGCGCCCAGUGUAUGCCCGGCUGCGCCGCGGCGGGAGCGGAGCCGGGAGCGGGACCGGGGCUGGAACUGGGAUCGGGGCUGGGACUAGAUCCGGGACCGGGAUCGGGGGGAGGGGACCGAGGCUGGAAUCGGGACCGGAUCCGGGACCAGGGCUCGAACCGGGACCGGGAUCGGAGCCGCGACCGGGGCUGGAGCCGGGACGGGGGCUGCGCUGCGCCGCCCGCGGCUCCGCGGCACCGGCCGGGCAGCAGCGGCAGCGGCAGCCCCGGCGCGGCGAUGGGCUGA